AUGUCGACUGCCGAAGGAGAGCCCGACGUGAAUGAUUUCUUGCAGCGUAUCAAGGAAUUGGGUAACAAACGAGACCAAGAAGAUGAAGACCGCACGAGAAAGUUAGAGGAAGAGAUAUUGCAGGGCAGAAAAGAGAGACAAGCUCGCAGGGCUGAAAGGGCCUUAUCAAUAUCACCAACGAAGUCUUCUCCUAUGAAUACACCUACCAGACCUCUAUCAGAAAUCCUCUCAAACUCAGAAGAUCAAUCUUCAGAAUCUCGGCCCGGGACUGUUGUUGACAACGAGGUGGAUCCAAUGGCGAUGAACUCGAUUCCAGAUUUCAAGCGAAGUUCGCAGAUGAGAGAUUCACCCUCUGAUGCUAUGCCCUCACGAAAUUCACCUUUAUCAUGGGCUCGCAGACCCGAACCAUCCGAUAGACCUCGAAGUCGACCUUUAUCCAUGGUAGCUACAGAUAGGGUGAUGCUAUCGAGAACAACCACACCGCCUCCCGAAAAUACCGUAUCUACUGAUGACAGCACCCCUUCUCGAGAACAAAUUGCACAAUCACUAGCAUCCAAAGAUCCAGCUUGGUUUAGGCAAACUGCAGAUCGAGGCGUCAAUUCACCAGCUUACAGAAAAAAUCAGGUGGAAGACGAAGAGAGGGCAAUACACGGGUCGAUUCAAAUGCCAGGGAUGGCUCGUAACAAUUCUACACCUGAAAAGACAAUGAAUGAGGCCAAAGAUUCUUCUUCGACACCUGCAAGAUCGGUAACUAGACCCGCAGCAAGAAAUAGCAUUUCCUACGGAAGCAGUUUUAGGAUGUCGUACCAAAGUAACCCAGGUGCCGGCACGGGAUCACCAAUUCCAAUGACUGAUGCCCAGAGACUGGAUCCACCUACUUCUGAUAAUUUAUCGGAGAUUCGAGGUCUAGCAAUGUCACCUUCCCAGGGCCGAAUAUCUCCUGAUAGACAAGACCGACCUAAUUCCCCAACCAAAGGAAUGGGUGGGUUUGUACAAAGUGCAAUGAUGAAAAGAUCGGAGAGCAUGAAUAAGCGUUGGUCUGUUGCAUCACCAUCAUUAGAUCGCAACAAUACGUCCUUCGAUACUAGUAUGGAUAGUCAAUUUACUUUUCCUUCAAGGCCCACUUCAAGACCUACCUCAAGUCAUGGUGAGCUUCAUCGCCCGGGCACAGCAGGCUCCACGAGAAGCAACAUGACCAGCACCGCUAAAGAGGCAGACAAUGGGAGUCAAUCACCUCCAGCAGAUGAUAGUUUGCCUGUCAGCCCUACGAAAACCUCGGACUCAAGACGAUGGAGCCCUACCAAAUCUAGUUGGCUUGAAAGCGCUUUGAACAAGCCUGAAUCACCAAAACCUAAAGCCACGCCACCACCUCAGCAACCCUCGUGGAUGUCAGAAAUUAAUAGGGCAAAACAAAAGGGAAGUGUCGAUUUGGGUAGAAAUCAAACGGUGAAGCAUGAAGUAAACAUUGGUGGCCUAAUGAGAUCUCCUCCUCCAGGCGCAUUGACAAAGCCAUCUAGUAUUCGAGGUUUCCAAACACCAUUUGCUCCUGGUGUUACGCCACAGCGAAACAUUGAGAGCAUGAUUAACCAGGACAGUAAGAGUGCGGCUGAGAAUACGAAGGCCGAGAGACCAUUGACACCCUCUACCUCUACUCCUAUUCCGAGUGCUACACCAAGACUUAAUACAAACUUUACAUCCACUCCAUCUUCAACACCUAAAGCCAAUUUGAACUCACCUGUUACCCCAGCGAGAAGUAGACCCGCGACUCCCCCGAAGAAUGAUUUCCGCUCUGUUUUGAAAUCACGGCAGGUACCUGUCGAUGAAAAAGUACCUGCCGAUGAAAAGGCCAAAGAAGAACCAGAAUUCAAGAAUGUCUUUGGUCAACUUCGGAGGACGAAGACGCAAAGUUAUAUGGCUCCGGACGUAUUGAAGGACAAUAUUACACGUGGAAAGGCAGGUCUUAACCUUACUGGUGGGCCUCUGAAGACUGAACGCAAGGAUGAAUUCAAAGAUGCCAUUUUGAAAAAGAAGGAAGAUUUCAAGAAGGUGCAAGCUGAAGGAAAUGGGGUUACAAGAUCUGCCAGUGGUGAAAGUCGGGAAAACCCGGUGCCUGAAGCAUUACAAAGAAGAAACACUUUGGGCAGGAAUGGCUCCGUUUCUCAUAUACUUGCCUCUUCUUUUGAGUCCAGUUCACCACAGCGCACUGCUUCAUCAAGCCCUACUCCGAAUUUAGUCAAAGAAACAAGUGCCCCAGCACGCAUGCAGGAAAAGAAUGCAAUUGGAGGUAAGCUUGCUGGACGUCUUAACCCUGCUCUCGCAGAUCUACUUGCCCGGGGCCCACCGUCACUCGCUAGUGAAACCUCAAGGUCUUCAAGCUCGUCGUUGUCGCAGCGCACGAUAAGUAUGAGUACUUCGACAACCAAUCCUGAAUCGAGUGAGAGUGGACCACAACUCACACAUAUGACCAAAGGGCGUGCUCGUGGACCGAAACGAAAAGCGCCAUCUACAGUCACACCAACGCAAUCUACAUCAACGCCAAAGAAUGAAGAAACGAUGGAGCAGAAGCCUCGAGUUACAACAUCUAUCAAGUCUUUUGCUACGUCUGAAAGACCUUCAUCGCCUGCUACUAGUCCAAUAAAACAGACGAUUUCAGCCCUGAACACGGAACAGCCACAAGAAAAUGCCCCAGUUUCCCAGUCUUCAUCACCUCGGAAGCUAGAUAUGAGGAGGCGGUCUCUUUUCCUACAAGAAGCGCCAAAGAAUAAGGAUACACCAUCGUUGGAAGCCCCCAAACCACUUUCUCCAGUCAAAAUUGCUAAUUUCCCCGAGAAUAUGGUAAAGACACACCACAACAAGCUCGAGGCAACAGUUUCGCCAGAUCCACCUAAGCAUCAGCCUCUAGCGCCCCCCCGAUCUCCGCCACCAACCAAUUUCUAUGAAGAUCGUACAUUCAAUGAUCCUGUAUCUCCAGAGACCGCGAAACUCCGCCCCGCUCCGUUAUCCCCAAGAAAAGCAAAUUCAACAAAGACUCCACCGCAAUUUUCGUCUCGUUCUGAUCAACCAGCGCCACUCACUCGAUCCAGAUCGGUCAAGCAUACUGCAGCGUUAUGGGGUCAACCUGCUCCAGAACAACCUGCCCGCAUACCAUCCCCGAUAAAGUUACCAACUCAUGAAGAUGAGAAGGCAGCUUUAGUGGGAGCAGGAUUACGCCCCACGAGUCCAAUGAAACGAAUUAAGUCUUUUGAGGACGAGAAAGCAAAUCUAGUAGGUCCAAAUUCAAGGUACUCCGUUGAUACAGCAAAUAUUUUAAUGGCCCGGCAAGAUACCAUUUCAACUGUACGAACAUUGCAAUCUAGUUUGUUUUACUUGUAUGGGGACGGAAAGAAACAAUCUGUUCCCACCCAUCAAGAGCGUGUCCUCUUCGAACGUGAAAUGUACCUAUGCCCACAUACAUUUACCAAUGCAAAAGGUCGAAGAGUUACAGAAGUAUAUUGGUGGAUCGGAGAUGAAGUUUCUGAGCGUGUCGUUAGUAGUGCUGAGAUGUUUGCUGAGAGAGAGGCACAAAGUUUCGGUGGGAAUUUCGUAAAGUUGAGACAAGGCAAAGAAACCCCAGAAUUUUAUCAAGCUCUAGGCGGUAUCAUUAUUGUCAGGAGAGGAUCAUCUAAAAAAUAUGACUCACUCGCACCUCACGUCCUCUGCGCAAGACAACAAUAUGGAAUGUUGGUAUUUGACGAGGUUGAUUACUCACCCUCAGUCCUAUGCUCGGGUUUUCCAUAUCUCAUCUCCUCACCAUCAGGCAAGACAUAUCUAUGGAAGGGUCGAGGUAGUACUGCAGAAGAGCAUGGCUGUGCUAGGCUACUCGGAAUGGAAAUCUCAAUGACUGGCGAGAUCGAAGAAAUUGAGGAUGGUGAAGAACCUGCAUCAUUCUUGAGAGUAUUUGAAAAUUGCAAGGAAAUUCCACAAUCAGCAGAUCAUUGGAAACUAAAGCCCGCCUACAACAAAUAUUCUGCACUCGAGAUAAACCCUUUCUCCCAGGCUGACCUUUCCCCGUCCGCUAUCUACAUCCUUGACGCUUUCUUUGAAAUUUACAUCGUCAUCGGUGCCAAAGCACAAUCCCAAUACGGUCCCUUCCAAAAUGCAUUGCAGUUCGUGCAGGAAUAUGGCAUCCUCUCAGCCAGCAUGGAAGAUCGUCCCUUCGUACCAGUUAGCACAGUUGUGAUAGAGGGCAUACCAAAGGAUUUGAAAAGUGUGUUUAGGAAGUGGAGUGAGGAAAGAUCACCGACUAUUAUGCAACCUAGAGAGAAACAGGGUGGGACUAAUUUGAAGAGAGUGAGGAGUUUGAGAGUUGUUCCAUUGACGGCUGCGUUGGAGGCUACGAUGAGUUAG